UGAAUGUYCCCCUCUUUGUUGAAAAUGAAGAAAAUGACUGCAUGCCUCUCUCUGCUGUUGGGAUCCACUCUGCUGUUCACUGUCUCCGUCAUGGCAAGAGAUCUUCCUGGAGCACAUUUCACACGAAGAAGGGCUGUAAACUCACAAGCUCUGCUUGAGAACACUUGCAACAACAAACGCCUGGACCUCGUCUUCAUCAUCGACAGCUCUCGCAGCGUCCGUCCGUAUGACUUUGAGAAAGUGAAGGAGUUCAUCUUAACCAUCUUGCAGUUCCUGGACAUCAGCCCUGAUGCCACACGAGUAGGCCUGAUUCAGUAUGGCAGCACGGUCAAGCACGAGUUCUCCUUGAAGACAUUCAGGAGGAAGCAGGAUAUCGAGAGGGCCGUGAAGAGAAUGAUGCACCUGGCAACUGGCACCAUGACUGGCCUGGCUAUCCAGUAUGCUUUGAACAUCGCCUUCUCAGAGGCAGAAGGAGCUCGACCUCUGAACCAGAACGUGCCCCGAAUUAUCAUGAUAGUGACUGAUGGGAGACCUCAGGAUCCAGUGGGAGAGGUUGCUGCUAAAGCUCGUAACUCAGGAAUCCUGAUUUUUGCCAUUGGAGUGGGAAAAGUGGAUAUGAACACGCUCAAGUCCAUUGGGAGUGAACCACAUGAAGAGCAUGUGUUUCUGGUUGCUAAUUUCAGUCAGAUUGAGACACUGACCUCUGCCUUCCAGACAAAACUCUGUGUGCCCCAUAUGUGCAGUAUAGUUGAACAUCACUGCGAUCACUUCUGCAUAAACACCCCUGGCUCCUACGUAUGCAGAUGUAAACAAGGAUACAUUCUGAAUGCUGACCAGAAGACUUGCAGCACUGAGGAUCUUUGUGCUGUGGAGAAACAUGCCUGUGAGCAGAUCUGUGUGAACACGCCUGGCUCUUACGUCUGUCAGUGUUAUGAAGGGUAUGAGCUUGCUGAGGAUGGAAAGAAUUGUAUUGUUGUAGACUACUGUGCAUUGGAUAACCAAGGUUGCCAACAUGAAUGUGUUAACACUGAGGACUCCUACUACUGUAGAUGCCAUCCAGGGUUCAUUUUAAAUCCAGACAGAAGAACUUGCAGAAGACCAGACUAUUGUUCUCUGAAGGAUCAUGGCUGUGAACAGGAAUGUGUUAAUACAGACGAUUCUUAUUUUUGUCGAUGCCAAGAUGGGUUUAUGCUUAAUCCAGAUAAGAAAACAUGCAAAAGAGUGGACCACUGUGCUGAAAGCGAUCAUGGCUGUGAGCAGCUCUGCCUAAAUACUGGUGACUCCUAUGUCUGUCAGUGCUCCGAAGGAUUUGUCAUCAACGAGGACCUGAAAACCUGCACACGGGUUGACUAUUGUGCUCUAAGUGAUCAUGGCUGUGAGCAUUUGUGUGUAAAUGGUGACAGAUCUUACACCUGCCAAUGUUUUGAAGGCUACCGGCUUCGUAACGAUGGGAAAACAUGUAAACGUAAAAAUAUCUGCAAAUCAGUCAACCAUGGCUGUGAACAUCUCUGUGUCAGUGCUAACAAUUCCUACACCUGCAAAUGUCAUGAGGGAUUCACGCUGAGAGAGGAUGGGAAGACAUGCAGAAGACAGGACAUSUGCAGAUCCGUCCACCAUGGCUGCGAGCACAUGUGUGUUAACAAAGAGGACUCGUUUGUUUGCGAGUGUCACGAGGGCUUCCUGCUGAGAGAAGAUGGGAAAACGUGCAGAAAUAAAGAUAUUUGCAGUUCUGUUGACCAUGGCUGUGAACACAUUUGUGUGAAUACAGAUGAGUCAUACAUCUGUCAGUGUUAUGAGGGGUAUGCACUGAGACAAGAUGGAAAAACAUGCAGAAAUAAAGAUGUUUGCAAUUCUGUUGAUCAUGGCUGUCAGCAUGUUUGUGUCAAUACUGAUAAUUCAUACAUUUGCCAAUGCUAUGAGGGUUUCAUACUGAGGGAAGAUCAGAAAACAUGUAAAAAUGAGGACAUCUGCAAAUCAAUAAAUCAUGGCUGUGAACAUCUUUGUGUUAACAAUGAUGACUCAUACACUUGCCAGUGCCGUGAUGGAUUUGUUCUGAGGCGAGAUGGGAAAACRUGCCGAAGCAAGGAUAUUUGCAGAUCAGUCAACCAUGGCUGUGAACAUGCCUGUGUUAAUGCUGGUGAUUCGUUUGUUUGUAAGUGUCAGGAGGGUUUCCUGCUAAGAGAAGAUGGAAAAACAUGCAAAAAUAAAGAUCUCUGCAAAUCAGUCAGCCAUGGGUGUGAGCAUGUUUGUGUUAAUACUGAUGAUUCAUAUAUCUGCAAAUGCCAUGAUGGAUUCCUACUGAGAGGAGAUGGGAAAACCUGCAAAAUCAAAGAUGUUUGCAAUUCAAUSAGCCAUGGCUGUGAACACGUUUGUGUUAAUACUGAUGAUUCCUACAUCUGCAAGUGUCAUGAGGAAUUUGUACUAAGGGAAGAUGGCAGGACAUGUAGAUAUAAAGAUGUCUGCAACUCAGUUGACCAUGGCUGUGAGCACAUUUGUGUGAAUACUGCUGAUUCCUACAUCUGCAGAUGUCAUGAGGAUUUUAUGCUGAGGGAAGACGGGAAGAYGUGUAGAUAUAAAGAUGUCUGCAACUCAGUUGACCAUGGCUGUGAACAUAUUUGUGUGAAUACUGAUGAUUCCUACAUCUGUAAGUGCCAUGAUGAAUUCAUACUGAGAGAAGAUAGGAAAACUUGUAGAAGUAAAAAUAUCUGCAAAACAUUCAACCAUGGUUGCGAGCAUGUCUGUAUUCCAGCUGGUGAUUCAUACACUUGCCAGUGCCAUGAGGGAUUUAUUUUGAGGCAAGACGGGAAAACCUGCAGGAAUAAAGACCUGUGYAAAUCCAUUGACCAUGGCUGUGAACAUGUGUGUGUUAAUAAUAACAGUUCCUACAGCUGUCAGUGCCGUGAGGGCUUUGUCCUGCGACAAGAUGGAAAAACGUGUCGUAGUAAAGAUGUCUGCAAAUCAGUUGCCCAUGGCUGUGAACAUGUUUGUGUUAAUAAUGAUGAUUCAUACAUUUGUAAAUGCCAGGAGGGAUAUGUACUAAAAGAGGAUAAGAAAACCUGCAAAAGAUGCACUGAAGGCCCCAUUGACCUGGUGUUUGUGAUUGACGGGUCCAAAAGCCUUGGAGAGAACAAUUUUGAAAUUGUAAAACAAUUUGUCUCAGAUGUCUUGGAUUCACUUGAGGUUUCACCGAAGGCUGCUCGGGUCGGUUUGCUUCAGUAUUCCACCGAAGUCCGCACAGAGUUUACAUUAAGGCAGUUCAGCUCAGUCAAAGACAUGAAGAAAGCCGUAUCUCAAAUGAAAUACAUGGAGAGAGGCUCCAUGACAGGACUGGCUCUGAAGCAUCUGCUUGAGAGGAGCUUCACAGAAGCAGAAGGAGCCAGACCCUUUUCAGCUGGCGUCCCUCGAGUCUCCAUCGUGUUCACAGACGGACGAGCCCAAGAUGAAGUGACUGAGUGGGCUACCAGAGCAAAACAAAGYGGUAUAAUUAUCUAUGCUGUUGGAAUAGGAAAAGCCAUUGAGGAAGAACUGCUGGAAAUUGCUUCUGAGCCAUCACAUCUUUUCUAUGCUGAGGAUUUCACAGCCAUGGAGGAGAUAAGUGAAAAGCUAAGAGUCCAGAUCUGUGAAGCUUUGCAAGGUUCAGCUCCGCAGCCACAGCCGCCAUCUGGGACACUUCACAAGACCGAUGCGGACCCUUCAGGACCUGAAUCAGACACGGUAGCCAUCAUAGAUGUCCUUGCCUGCCCCAAUUUUGCAGUACACCAUAAGUAUCUUUUUGAAGACAUUCUCACUUACUCAACAAUAACAGCAAAAGCUGCAAAAGAUAAAGACCAGUGCAAAUGUGAAAACCUUGUGACAUUCCAGAACUACGCAACCACAGAAGUAAAAAAACUCACCCAGCGAUUGGAAGAAAUGACRAAGAGAAUGGAAGACUUGGAAAACAGACUAAGAUAUCGAUGAAAAUUUGAAGUAUAUACUACACUGUAUAUUUAUACAAAGUUGUAAGAGCUAUUUUGUUACAAGAGCUCAAAGUAAUUAACAAAUUCUUGUGUCUGAAGUUGGAACAUUUUGGACCCUCACAUUUAUAUAUGACAUGUACUGUCUUGCAUUGAUUGCAGGUAAGAAGCGGUGAAAAAAUUUUAUAUGUAUAAACAAUUUAGUAACUAGCAAAAGUUCUAAUUAAGUAGAACUAAACAGCUGAAAUAAGCUAUGCAAAAUAAUAAAAUACUGUUA